GGUGUUUAUGGAAUGGUUUGUUUUCACUGGAUGGGUGCAUGAAUCAGGUACUUCGAAACUCAGGACCCUUGGGAUCAUCAUAUUGGCAACUUCGAGAUGACUGUGGUAUGGGCGAUGGGUUACUGGGAAAGUGCUGGAGCUUCUGGAACGAUGACAUCGGGAUCAUCAUCAUCAUCAUCAUCAUCAUCAUCAUCAUCAUCAUCAUCAUCAUCAUCAUCAUCGCUAUCUUCAUCAGGGCUGACGGUGCCCACCGUCGCCAUAGCUCCCAACGACAUGGAGUUGUUCGCAACGGCGGAAAUGGCGCCGUACCAGCAGAAGGUGAGGGGGUUUUAUGUGGCAGACGAGAUCAAGUAUCAUGGCAAAGGGAACCGUGGAAGCUUCGGGAACGUCAACCUCGUUGUUGGUGCAGAUACAAGCAGAGAUACUAGGAGUUGUCGUCGAUCUUGGCUGGACGGUUACGAUUGCGCUUUCCGAGUGACCACUUCCGGAAGCAGAUACUCUGUUCAUUGGUCCUUGGAGGAGGAGACAGCCAUCCGAAUGGCCGUGCAAGUCAAAAGCAGAGGGUGGGUGGCUAUCGGCUGGUCUCCUGAUGGGUACAUGGUUGGCAGCGAGGCCGUUAUCGGCUGGCCCUUGAACUCUGGAGGAGGAGAAGGAGACAGUGGAGGGAGCGUUCGACCAUAUGCCUUACUGGCCAAGUCGUUACCCAGCAUUCAGCCAACCACAAAUUUCCAGAUUUGGAAUACCUCUAUAAUCCGUGAUGGUCGAUACACCACUAUGAGGUUUGGCCGAACAAGUGAAGAAGUUUAUGCGGGAACGGACUGGUUCUACGUGCGCGGCCACAUUUGGCUCGUUGUGUUGCCCGGCGUUCUCACGGUUGCAGGAGUCCUCAUCGCAUUUUUCCUUUUCCUGAAUGCUGGAUUUCGCUCUAUUCAUUCCCCUCAGGAUCUUAUCCGCUCACUCCACGGCGAGGUGGGACUCUGCUCCUCUGCACUGUUGCUGCUUGUGACGCUAAGUGGAGCUUGGUGUCAUCCCCACCCAGAGAGCAGGCUCCAUAUCCUCUGGUUCUUCCCUCACAUGCUCUUGGGUCUGGGAACCAUGGGUGGGGGACUAGUGUCUAUGUACCUCGGCCUCGUCAGAUUUGAGGAAAUUACAAACUCUAAGUCACUGCCAUACCUUAUUGGUAUGGCGACUACGACCAUGUGCUUUGUUGCGGUGUACUUGUACGUGAUGUGCACCCGGCAAGUCUACAAUCCGAGGAAAGACAAGAGGCCCUCUAAGCUGACGCACCCACCAUUGAAGCAGCUUGUUGAACUGCCAGGCAAUGCACAGUGGCCACCAACAAAGAUCGUCUGGCCGAAGCUUGUCAAUCCACUAGCAGGCAAAACCUGGAACAAGAACGGAGCCACUGAUCCAAAGCUUCUUCAAGAGAUGAAUGAGGGGCCGGUCAUCCAGGAAAUCGAGUCUGAGAGAGAAACGGGACCUCAUUGGGGUAACAGUGGUGCCAAUCUGAGGAUCAAUGAAGUUUCGGAGGAUGAUAGGCGCUCCAUUGGCACUACCGCAACGGACAGGUCCUCGCCUCGACGGAUAAUCAUUGGAAGGCCUUUCGUCGACGAGAAUGCAUGGGAGAAAGGCAAGUCCAUUGCCCCGCCCCAAGACAGUCCAAUAGUCAGACAAGAAACUGUCCAUGGUGCUGCUCAAGACUUGCACCAGCCAAGAAGGACACCAGUAAAAGGAAUUGUGAUCAGAGAGCCAGAAACUUUCCCAGCAGAGAAUCAGUCACCGUCGAAGAAGGAUAUUGCCCGUAAGGAGAGGCAGCGGCUGCGGGAACUAAAGCGACGGAAGAAACAGGAAGUAGAGUCGUUUCUAGCGGAGCAGAAUGCGAUCGUCGAUGCUGAUUCGGAUAAGAGGAAGCACCGUCUCAAGUUCCUCCUGCAGCAAACAGAGAUUUUCGCUCAUUUUGCUCAGAACACAGGUCGCAUGGCUGCGAAGACGAAGGGCAGGUGAGUCGCAUGAUUUGUGCUCAUCUGUAGAGUGUAUAUGAGACAGUUGAACAGUUUGUUUCCUAAUACACUCCAAUGGUGCUACGGCUACUCUCUGACUUGUCUUGGUACUCUCUCUCUCUCUCUCUCUCUAUCUGUGAAGUACACACGAAUGAAGAAGUGAGUUUAUCCAUUUAUCUAAUGUAUGCUCGCAGUAAGUAUUCCCCCUUGAAACUCUCUCUCUCUCUCUCUGUGUGAAGUACAUCAUUUAUCUCAUAUGUGCUCAGUUUUAAGUGUUCCCCCUUCCCCCCAACCCUCCAGCUUGUCCCAUCCCUCAUGCCACGAGUUAAACAAAGCAACGAUACAGAG